CGGAAUUCACCAAGGACCUGGGACAGUUCUGCGAGAGCAGGAGGAGAGCGCCAAAAUACCAAGUGAUUUGCACAAGCUUUUAAGAAGAUAUUAGAUUUUGAAAUGUCAGUACUUUCGUUUGAAUAAUCAGUUUUAUCACAUUUUCAAAAUAUGGAUGUGUUAUCAAAAAUUGAAACAGUUGCCUUUCAAGUAUUGAAAUUUUUGGAAUCUGAUGCCCAAGCUGGAGUUCAGGAAGCGUAAAUGUUAUAUUUUCUAAUACUUUAAGGUACCCUUUGAGAUUAUUACUGAAGAAACCUGUUGAAUUUACUCGCCUAAUGGUUAUCUUGAAAAUGAUUCAUGAAGCCAUACGUGAAAAAAAAUUAUCACAAAAGGUCUAUAUAUUACUCAAAUCCAAAUUUAUUUAAACGACAGUCGACCAUAGAUCCAAUCUUGUCAAAGAUUUGUCAUAAUUUUGAUCUUCCUCGUUGCGCACUUAACAUAAAUGCUUCUUCUAAACUGGUUGUCUACGGUGAUAUUGUUUUAAAAACAAAAAGUGAAAAUGGUCUUGCUAUAACAGAAACUAUAUUCAGGACGGGAUUGGAUAUCAGUCUAUCAAGCAUAGAUUGUUCAGCUCAGUUUGUUUUGGUGGUAGAAAAGGACACAAUUUUUCAAAAACUCUUAAAUGAAAGCUUUUAUGAAAAGUUCAAACCAUGUUUAUUGGUCACGGCUAAGGGCUAUCCAGAUUUAAUGAGUAGAAAAUUUCUUGCUCAACUAAAUCAUGUUUAUCCAAAUAUACCUAUGCUUGGACUAUUUGAUGCUGAUCCACAUGGUAUAAAUGUGUUCUGUACAUACAAAUAUGGAACUAUGAAUCCAACGAUGCAGGAUGCAGAAGGAACUCCGGUCAGAAUACCGAAUUUGCGACUCUGUGGGUUAUUACCGAGUGAAUUAUCAUCUCUUCAAAUUAAAGAGACAGAACUUUUACCGUUAACAAAUAAUGAUAAAUCCCUAUUAGAAACAAUGCGUAAACGAACAUACGUUCAACAAGAAUGGGAAUUAUCAAAGCAAGUAUGUAAUGUUAAAUAUUUUCUGUCAGCAGAAAAGAAAGCAGAAUUAGAAUCUUUGAAUUCGAUCAGUACACGAUUUUUGACAGAUGAAUAUCUUCCAACAAAAUUAGAGUUGUGGGGAAUUUUACCUAAUAAAUGAUGGAGAUACAUCAUAUUACUAAAAUUUAGUUAGUAGGACAGUUUUGGAAUCAUAUUUUUAUGAAAAUUAAGUUCAGAGCUCAGAGUGAAAAAAUAUGGGUUCAUUUAUUAUCAAUAUUAUAAUGUUACGAACCUUUUUCAACUAAUAAUUUGUUUCUCUACAGUUUGGUUUCUGUUGGAAGAUUUGUAAACAAAUCUUGUGAGAGGUACUUCUUUUUAACGCAACAAAUUAGAGUUAAAAUGAUGAUCUUUUUUCUAAACACAAAUCAAAAUAACAGGAAUCGUCACAUUUCGUUACAUUAGAUUUUCAUCAAUAAUUUCCUUCUUAUUCAAAUAUAAAAACAUAGUCAGAGUGUAACCACUUUAUUUGGUUGAAGGUGGACAGCAGUAUUUUGUCCUAUUUGAGGAACGU